CAAUUCGGACCGCGGCGCGGGGUACAUGUUCGACCUGUCACUGUCAAGCUGUCAAAUCUUAGGGAUUAAAAUAUUUGCUUUGAUGAAUUGAAUAAUGUUUCUCGAAAUAGAGAAGUGUAUUUUUGGAAACUACAAUAUUGUGUAGAACUUGAAUAAUAAUCAAAUUUUAUAUCAUUGUUGUGAUUGAAAUCAGUCAGAAAUCGAUAUAUAGUUUCGGGUGCAAAAUAAGUUUUUUCGGUAUAAACUGCCGGUUGAUUUCAUAGCAGAUAAUUCAGCAAGCUUUUUUAGGACCAAGUUUCUUUCUAGUGUCAUGGGAGAUAGAGAUUGGAGACCAUUCAUUUACGGAGGUUUGGCGUCGAUUGUUGCGGAGUUUGGUACAUUUCCAAUCGACACUACCAAAACGCGCCUUCAAAUCCAGGGUCAGAAAAUAGAUCCUCGUCAUGUGGAGCUGCGAUACACUGGUAUGGUGGACUGCAUUGUGAAGACCUCCAAACAGGAAGGAGUCAAGGCUCUGUAUUGCGGAAUAUGGCCGGCAGUGCUCAGACAAGCGACUUAUGGUACGAUAAAGUUUGGCACGUACUACUCUAUGAAGAAGGCUAUAGCGGCGAGGCGCGCGGACGGCGGCGCGGUGGAGCACCUCCCCACUAACACGUUCUGUGCCGCGUUCGCUGGAGGCCUGUCCAGCGCCAUCGCUAACCCCACGGAUGUCCUCAAAGUGCGGAUGCAGGAGAAACGGGGCAUAGUGCGUUGCUUCGUAGACAUAUACCGGCUGGAGGGCUGGCGCGGGCUGUGGCGCGGCGUGGGGCCGACGUCGCAGCGCGCCGCCGUCAUCGCGGCCGUCGAGCUCCCCGCAUACGACGCCUGCAAGCGGUGGCUCAUACCCACCCUGCAUGACUCGCCCCUCAACCAUCUGCUGUCCAGCCUGCUGGCCAGCCUGGGCAGUGCUGUGGCCAGCACGCCGCUCGACGUCAUCAGGACGAGACUUAUGAACCAGAGGAAGUUGAAGGACCACAUAGCGAAACCCAACGAAAGGAUAUACCUUGGCACUACCGAUUGCUUUCUACAGACGGUGCGCAGUGAAGGCGCCCGCGCGUUGUAUAAGGGUCUGGGCCCCACGUGGCUGCGCAUGGGGCCCUGGAACAUCAUAUUCUUCCUCACCUACGAGCAGCUCAAGCAGUUCUACUGAACUGCGGAACACGAGACAUCUCCACGCCACGAUCACGUAAUUAUAAACAUAUCUAAUAGGGGUGAUGACGGGGUACAGUAAACGUAAUUCUAUUUAG